CUGUCUUAAUUUUCAACUGAGUUAGUCAGUGUGUCUAUUCAUAAGCAGCCCAGUGUGUCAGUACAUCAAUUCUGCUAUUGACCAGACUUUGUUAAACCUUGAACGAGUGAAUUAAGCUUGACAGUAGCCAUUCAAUCGUUUUACUUACUGAAUUUUAACUCGAAAACGAGGUGGUCAUGUGUUUUCCCUGAACACCCCCUUCAUCACAUCAUCUGCCACCUUCACUGGUAUAUAUUUAUUGGUUAAUUUCCUCAGUUGGAUUAUUAGCUUUGUAUUUUCGAAUUUCGGUCAGACUCACAAAUGAAUAAACAAUUGAAAUUCUUUAUGGAUUUCCCAAUCAAUACUUCCUCCAUCUUUCUUGAGGACACUUCUAACAAUGCUUUAUAUGGACUUAAACAAUAUUAUCAUUUCAUCUUUGACUUGGGAGAGUAGUUCCUUUGUUACGAAGACAUAAUAAGUAAUAGAUGCAUUCAUAGAAUCUGUUGGAAACGUUUACAUUGUUUUUUUCUACUCAACUAACAAGACAAUAAAGAUCACUGCCCAUGAAAAAAGUGGACGAUACUAGUGUCAUACAAUCAACAACUUUCAAUAAAUCUGAUUUCCCAGCUGAAAAUGAUGUUAGCUGUAAUCCCAAUCCAUCCUCGAGUUUAAAGAGAACCGCUUGUCAAGCUGGGUCUUCUGAAGAUAAUGGUGAUCCAGAAUAUGCUCGGAAAGUAAUAGUUCUGGAACCUGAGGUAUCUAGUGUUCAGCAGAAUAGUGAAAUGAAAUUGCCUGAAACAAUUCAGAACACUAUAUCUGAACCGACUGUUACAUCCACCUCUUCAAUCUUGAAUACAACAGCUAAAGCUGUAGUAUCUAACACAAUCAGUUCAAUUAAUAAUAUCAAACCAAUUGGUACAAACUUACAAAAUAAUUAUGGAUCUUCUCCCAGUGUUUCUGUGCAUCAACUAAGGCAGCAACAACAAACGUCAGAAAAGACAUCGGUGAAUACUACACCUAGAACUAGUACACGUAGACUUCAUGUUUCGAAUAUCCCUUUUCGGUUUCGAGAAGCUGAUUUACGGUCUUUAUUAGGUCCUUUCGGUCCGAUAUUGGAUGUUGAAAUAAUUUUCAAUGAAAGGGGUUCUAAGGGUUUUGGGUUUGUUACAUUCAUGAAUGCAGCUGAUGCAGAGAAAGCACGCGAAAAUCUUAAUGGUCAUGUCGUAAUGGGUCGGAAAAUAGAGGUAAAUCAUGCAACUACACGAGUUCUUACAAAGAAGCGUACUGAUAAUGCAAUCUCAACUGGAGGAAAUAAAGCUUCUAACUUUAACAACCAAAAUAUUGGAUUGAAUAAUUACACUAAUACUUUGGCUUCCAGACCACGGAUUAAUGGGACAUCUGUAGGAACUAGUAAUGGUGUUGUUGCUGCAGCAAUUUCAGCUGCUGCUGCUGUAGCUGCAAUGUCAGGUUCAGGAAUUGUCACUAAUCAUACUUUAAAUGGACUAUGUCAUUUACCAAGUUUACAUUCUAGUAAUUUAUCAGGAAACAAUUUAAUUUUGAGUCAGAAUAAGUCAUCAUUAUCACCGUUAACAUCAUCUACAAUAUCUACAGUAAUAUCGACAUCUAUUCCAUCGUUGUCAUCACUAUCAUCAUCAUCAUCAUCAUCAUCUGCAGCUCUAGUUAAUCUUCUUAAAGCUCAACAUCAACAACAGAAUUUAGCAGCAGCUGCUACAGCUGUUGCUUUACAACAACACAAUCAAUUGAAUGGUACUAACGGUCAAAAUACUCAAGCUAUACUUGCUGCACUUAUGCUUCAAAAUCUCAAUACUCCUAAUCAACUUAUUAAACAAUCUUUAAAUAGCCUUUCAUUUCCAUUAGAGAAUGCCGUUUCAAAUCUCCCACUUCAAACACAGCCACAACAAUCACAGACAACCAUGUUCAACAGUAGUAAUAGUAAUAAUAGUAACAAUAAUGUUAAUUAUCCUACUAAUAAUAUUGGUACCAACAGUCCUGGUCUAAAUCCUCUUACCCUACUCGGAAUAAAUAAUCCAAGUAUGAAUCAAUCAAAUAUUGGCUCUGAUGUAUUAUUAAAUCCUCAACAUAUUCGAUCAUACCAAAUGCUGAAACAAACACUUGGAAACGUAAACCCAAUUAUUUCAAAUAAUCUUUCUCUUGCUACUGCUCCAUUCUUAGCUUCAAAUCUAAAUUUUCCCACAUCACAAAUUAAUUUACCGUUAAUAAAUCAUUCUAAUAAUGGACAAAAUUUAAAUCUUUUCACAUCAUCAUCAUCACCAUCAUCAUUAUCAUCAUCAACGCCAACAUCUAUUGGAUCAUCGAUUCAAUUGGGAACAAAUUUAGAUUUAAAUUCAAAUGAAACUAAAUUAUGGUUAGCUUCACUGAUUGGUAAUAGUAAUAGUUGUGUACAAUCAGAUUUGGGCAUAGCUAAUAAUAAUAAUUUAACUAAUCAAAUUUAUCAAAUGUAUAAAUCGAAUGCAAAUUUAAAUGAUACUACUAAUACUACUACUACUACUACUCAUAAUAAUAAUAAUAAUAGUAAUACAUUAUUGAAAGUUAAUUCUUUGUCAAAGACACAAUUGAAUAUCAAUGAAAAUAAAACCAGUUCAUCAAAUACAUUGACAGAUACUACUAAUACUGGUAUUUCACAAAUUCAUGAUAAUCGAAAUAAAAAUAACGAACAUACUUUAACGUAAGUUAUUAUGAAUUUUAACAAUAUUUUUCAUUUUGUCUAUCCAUAUCUAUCGAGUACUGAUUGAAAAAACCCCAGUAAUUUAUUGAAUUGAUAUUUCUGUUGUAUGUUUUCUUCCACGUUUCUUAUCAAUUAACAUCCUUGAUAAUUAUUGUACUCAAAUGUUCAAAUAUUACAGUGACUUCUUGUUAACCUUGACACUGUAGUCAACCAAAUACAAUUUUGUAUCAAUGAAAAAAAUGUCAUUUAUUGAAAUCAUGGUCAUAUAAAUAAGUGUGAUGGUUUUUUAUGUUCCGUUUUAAUAUUAUUUGAAUAGAUACGGUACAAUAGUAAUUCCAGUUUAGAAUGCCAGUUAUUCAUCUCUUUCUAAUUCUCCACAGUUGUUUUACAUACAAUGACUUGUAUUAGAGAUCAUUUGUAUAUUUCAUACUUUUUUAAUAUAAGAUUAGAUUUUUUCAAAGAUACUGAACCCACAAAAGUUAGUCUACUUGAUCUGAAUAUCUUCUGUAAGUUUUAAAAAGUUAUUUUAAGUUAUUUGAGUUUUCUUUAUUCAGUGUCUUCUGAGUGAUUGAAUAGAUUUAUUAGGUAUAAUUUUUAAUGGUUUAUCUAGAGAUUGAAGGCUAUAGGUUUCUGAUCAUAGAUACCUUUAAAGUAUUACUUGCGAAUAGUGAAAUUACCGAAUGUGCAAUGUUUGAGGCUAAUUGCAAGGUACAGGUCGAAUAUGGUAAAUCGGUUGAGGUUGUAAACAUCCACUGAGGUGUUUAGAACAUUUUUUGCGUAUCUUCAACCACCUCCUACCAAAAGGGGCGAUGCUAGUUGGUGUAGAGGUAGGUCAGAAUGAGAUUCAGUGCGUUCAAACCAAAACAUGACAUCACUUCAUAAAAUCAGCUGUUGUUGUUGUUGUUGUUGUUGGUCUGGGCCAUGCUGGUAGAUAAAGACUACUUGAUUGAGGUUCACACGAUAAUCACGAUCAAUGGUUAAAAAUGUUGUAGGGGGUGACUCAUAGUCGAUCACAGUAACAUGCGUAAAUCAACUCUUUAUCUUCUUCUAAAUCUUCAGCUCCCGACCAUUGCUGCUAUCUUGGUGUGGUGGUCCGCCUUCCCUAUCGGGAUGAACCAAUCGGGCUAUACUAACUGCGACAAUCGUUCCCCAGAGUCUUACCAUGUCAGACAGGUCGGUUGAAGAGCAGUAAGACUAAAAGCAACAAAACCAAGGUCCGAAGGCGAAGUCAUACUGCUGACUGUAGGGAGAUGUGACAGCAGUAAGGUGUUUCCUUCAAACAACCAGCAUAACAGCGAUGCUGCCUUCCCACAAGGAGGGGUGGGGUUAGAAAAGGUCGACCGUAAAAAUGUUCACCUUGCCUUAUCUCAUGGAUGUUCGUCUCCGGCGGUAAGGUCUCAAC